AUGUUUUUCCUCCUUAUAGCAAUUGCAGUGGCACUUACUUUGCUUAUGGUGAUACUACCUUACUGCUCGGGCCUCACAAAGAUCAAGCUAAACUCGGAAAAGAAAAAGUCCUCCCAGGCAAAGAAGAAAAAAACCACCGCCGAACAAAUAAGGCACCAGCCCACGGCGCAGUACGGCUAUAUACCCCCAGACGAACUCAACGCUCACGACGAAAAAACCGGCACCAACUUCAAAGCCAAAGCGAGCGCAUUGAAGGAAAAGUUUGAUGUGCACGCCGAGGACUUGCCCAUCAGGAUUGAGUUGAACAAGUUUGGCGAUAACGACGGCGAGAUGAGGAAAAGGAGGAUACAAAAAGUGGAUUGGGACACGGAUCCGGACAAGUACGACUAUGACCUUGACGAGCUUAUAGCGGAGGAAAAUGAGUUUGCGAAACGGGAGCAGAGCCGGGAGUUCUACAAGGACCAAAAGUUUGGGCAAGAAAAGGAAGAGAUGGUUUGA